UCAAAAAUUCGUGCAUUUCUCCGAAACGAUGGCUGGGAACCAAGAGGAUCUCCGGCGUUUGAUGCGGGAGAAAAUGAUGAGCUCUGGAUCAGAGCAGCAGAGUCCCUACGCGAAAGUCUCGUCGAGCGGGAGAAUCACGUGCACAGUGUGCCCUGGAGUCUCUAUCAAAAAUUGGUCAGCCCACCAGAUCAGCGCGCAGCACAAACGCAAUGUCAGCGCUCAGAAAACAGCCAAGUCCAUGCCGGCGCCGGCGCCAAAUAAGUACGAAGCGAUUGUGAAGAAAGUACCUGAACCUCCGAAAGUGGCGCCGAAAUCGAUUCUGAAGAACCCUCUCAAAGCUUCCCCGUCACAAAGCGAUGGAGAAGUGGUCAAGCCCACCGAAAAAGCUGAAACGCUGAAACGACCCGCUUCUCCUCCUGAGGAGCAGCCUGAUACGAAAUCGGCAAAGCUGUCUGAAGACGGAUCAGUUCUACCGGAAGGAUUCUUCGAUGACCCCAAAUUGGACGCCAAAGCUCGAAACAUCGAAUACAAAGACCCUCGAGAGGUUGAAUGGGAAAUGUUCCAGAAAGAGCUCCGAGAAGAGGGCUCCAAGAGUGAACAGGUCGUGGAGAUCGACGAAGGGAACGACAUGCGCGAGCGCGAAUUGCACGAAGCCGACGAAAUGCUCUCGAAAUGGGAGAAAAUCCGGGAACUUGAAAUUCGUAGAGAGCACAUAAAGAGAGUGGAGGUCAGCGCAGGAGCAGUUCCGAUGGACGCUGACGAUGGAACGGAAUUCGCUGAGUUUUUAGACUGGCGGCAGAAGGCCGUUGACUGAGUGCAGCUGAGACUCCUCAGCUCUCUCCUGUUCAUAUCUGU